AUGCCAGACAAACGCAGAGGCAGGGCAACGCGUAGCGCUAACCCACCAUCGGCUACCGUCCAGAAAACCCUCCGGGAGCAUUUCCAGAGAAAUGCUCAUUCUCUCCAAGACUCUGUGGCUCCAGUGGGAAGCCAAACCAAGAAAUCCGUGGAUAUCAUUCACGUCGAUACAGAGACAAGUGACGAAGAGCGCCCAGUAGUAGAUCCCACGUCCUCUCGUACGGUAGCAGCCAAACAAGGGCAUACUUCCAACAAGUUAUAUCCACUGUUUGUCAGACCUUACCGAGAGAAGCAUCCCACUCAAAUCAUCGAUGUCGAUGAUGAUGAAGCUUGCACCUCUUCGGAAUGUGCAACUACCGAGGCCGAGUUGCCUCCAUUGUCACAGGGCUCCCUCCACUCGGACUUCAGUCGCGCAAACCUAAGCUCCCGCGCCUCUUCUCCCCUUUCUUCUGUGUCAAGCCUUCGUGCCCGUUCUCCCAGUCCCCUCUCAGCCAGCCAAGCUAAAUCACUCAAAAGUACAUCCUCGGGGUGUCACAAUCCUAACAAGAAACCAGUACGAUCUAAUUCACGCGUCCCAUGGGGCUCUGGGGCCGUAGCACCUUUCCCUGAUCGAGAGUCUCAGCAUGUUCGUGGUACAUGGUGUUCUUUUUCCGCUUCGGGAUCCCCGCUGGGAGGUAGAUCAUGCUCUACUUCUAAAACGCGCCGUGAUGACUGGUCUUUGAGCUUCCUUACCAAGCAAACGCAUGACGGGAUCGCUCCAUAUUACGAUCAUCAAGUACAAUUGUGGUGGCAGCACUCGUCCCAUAAUGACCAAGAGGAUCUCUUGCUGGAGACGACUGAGGAUCAUGCUACUGCUCACCCUGCCAUCUCUCGUACUCUGCCUGACCUCCACACUUCCAAUGCGACCGGUGACAUGUGGACCUAUUGCUUUCGUCCGAAACGUGCGAAAGAGGUGCUAGGCAACGAGCAACGCGCGGUUUAUUUGCGAAGUUGGCUCCGAGCGUUAGAGCUGCGUUCGCAUGUUCAACGGACAGCAAACCAUGGGCAAACGGACACCACUAACAGGCAACGCAGUAAGUGUGAACCUGCAGGAUCACAACCACGAGGCGAGAAGCGCCCCCGCGUCGUCCGUGCGAUCACCAAACGGCGAGGUCGAAAGAAACGAAGAUUUGGCUCAGACGACGAGUUGAAUGAUUUUGUUUGCAGUGACGGUGACGAUAUCUCCGAUGUUCCUGCCUCUGAAGAAUCAGAGGACGAGUUCGCGUUCUGCCAGCAAACUUUAUCCAGACUCCAUCGGCAGGAUAGCUUGCGCUCACAACCAAGUAGUACCCCUCCUAUUGAUCCUGCCCAGCUGUCGGGUAGUAGCAACCGUGCAAUAAGUGAUGCGAACGAAGCGCUUGCGGAGCCUACUUUUUCUGACACUCUGUCCAACACACUGCUUAUUGCUGGCCCGCCAGGGUGCGGUAAGACCGCUGCGGUCUAUGCAUGUGCAGAGGAACUGGGGUGGGACGUCUUCGAGGUAUACCCGGGUAUAGGUCGGCGUACUUCCGCAAAUCUAGACUAUCUUGUUGGUAACGUGGGGAAAAACCACAUCAUUCAAGUAUCGCAGAGUCGUUCCUCCAGGCGACAAGGGGAGCAAGGGUCACCAGCAACUCUGUCAACCUUGUUUGGUAGGGGCAACCAAGAAUCCGUUGUACGUAGAACGAAAGAGGGGUCGAUGGAUGAUCCCAUUGGCAUAAGGGUCGAAAUCCCUGAUGCUAUUGGCGCGACGAACUGUGUGUCCGAAAAAUCGAGUAAAAUUGUGGGUCCUCGCUCCCCGAAGCCAACCGUUGCCGAGGCUGAGCCUACUGUUCGACAAUCACUUGUGCUUCUGGAAGAGGUCGAUAUUCUGUUCAAAGAUGACGCCGGCUUCUGGCCUGCUGUGGUCGACAUCAUACGGGACUGCAAAAGGCCGGUUGUAAUGACAUGUAAUGAUCUGCGGCUAGUUCCAAUUACAAGCUUGCCAUUGCAGACUAUCCUCGUUUUCGAGUCUUGUCCGUCUCCACUGGCGGUUAGCUACCUCCAGUCUGUGAUGGUUGCCCAAGGUUGCCCUGUUCCACGCGAACGCCUGAUGGCACUAUAUGAAACAACGCCUACCAUAGACGGGAUAGACGUGCCAGAACCACCCCUAUAUCCCAGAACUGAGCCACUGCCUUCUCCCGAUCUCAGGCGCACGAUCACUCAAUUGCAAAUGCUCUGCUUGAGUGCAGCUCGUGGAUCAGCAUCAAACAUGCUUCAAGGAACUCGUGAGGCUGGAGGACACGUUCGGCGAUCAGGUCGACCAAUUUCCGUUGAGUCCAAUGCCACUCGUUUGCCAUCAACUGAAUGUGAACGGUGGCGGCGAAUGAGCAAGCACGCGGACCUUCUCUCGUUUGUAAACAGCAACCUGUGCAGGGCACCGUUGCACACGCCGGAGGCCUUGAGUUUGAGUAUGACCGAGCCCACGCUUGAUGAUGAGCUAGGACACAAUAUACUAUUCAUGGACGGUUGCGUUUCCAACGGAAGGGAAGGGUUAGCGUUCUACCACUAUGAUGAGCUCAUUGCGCAAGAUGCCAUCCUGCUUUCACGUGGUAUACACGAGGAACUGAACACGGAUCCGACGGCGGCGUCGAUCAACCCCGCGGCUAGGCUAACGACUGAGGAGGCGGAAAUCUUCCGAUCUCGCGUGGCAUAUCAAUCUGAGAUCGCGGGCGCGUUGCAGCAUAUCAUCCAACCGCCAGCACCUCUGAUGCCUCAGAGCAGCGUGUUCCUGGAUUACAUACCGUGGGUGAGAUACAUGGUCGUGGUUGAUGACAAUCUCGAACAGAUGGCACGAGAUGAAGUGGCAAGGGCAAAAUCCGGGAGGUUGACAAGGAACAGUAUGAAGACGAGACAUAUCCGAAAUAUCGAGCUGGAUGAGAGACAGCAGGGAGUGCUGAUGAGGACGCAGCUAGACGAGUUGGCUGGGCCACGUGUGUCCCCGCUAAGUCACGUUGCUCAGCGCCGAAAACGGCAAACUGUGUCGUUCUAUAACGUCGACUUUCACAUCCCUGCUUGCUCGUCCUCCUCACUCUGCCCCCUCCAUCGCGGGCUGUCUGUGUCCAUGCCUGCAUCGGCGACAAUGGCGACUACGAUAAGACACGAACAACGGUCGCUGCAAUCACCGUCCUCAGACCACAUCCCGGCCACCAUUUCUCAUUCCCAAAAAGAUGCGUCCAGACACUCCCCCGGCAUCUCUCUUCCACCCCUCGAUUACCUCCAGCAACAACGAAGGGGCUCCGUCACCGAUCCCUCUCUCCAUGCGGCAUCGACCGCCCCCUCCACACUGCGCCAUUUGGAUGGACCGCGUCCAGCGGCAAACUACGUGUUCGGCGACAGCAGCCUCUCCAACAUCAACUCCGAACCAUCGAACAAACAGAUGCGCAAAAUAUUGCGGUCACCAUCGCCCGACAGAGAUCACGGUCACUCCGUGAACGGCAAGGGCGUCGCGAGCCCCCGUGCGUCAUCCCACGCGAACGGAAAUUCCAGAAAUAUGAGCUCAGGGGACCAUAUGCACAUCGACGACAAGCAGUCACCUCGGACGAGUAUUCGGCAUCAGGAUGAUAGUGAUUUUAAUAACUCAAGGCGGCAAUCGAUAGCAACCUCCUCGGAUUCACAGUACACACACGGCACAAAACGCAAGAUGUCCAUAGACAGAGAAGCGGCUACAGCCGACGAUACGGACUCUCAGCUGGUUGGUCCCGGGAUACCCAGCUCCAGCAACGUGGAUCUUGAGGACCGUGCGCCCAAACGCAGAGGGUCUGCCGUAGACACCCAUAGGGUAGCGCAGCUAAGCAUAUACGAUCACCGACGGCAUUCGAUACAUGCUGGGGCGAUGGUAUCUGGUCCCGGUGUGACAGGAGGAGGACCCGUAGGCAAUGGCACGCAGUGGUGGCCUGACAGACGAGACUCGUUACCUGCCAUUCUCUCGAAUGGAUCCAGUGGCUAUUCCUCGGCGUUUUCCGGUGAACAACCACAUGGACGACCGUCCGCACCCACAACGUCUGGUAGCAUGGCGACUUUCGUGUGGCCUGCAACACAACAUCCGGAUGGCCACCCAGACCCUAAUAUACAAAGUCAUACUCGUCCGUUUGAACCUCAGACUCUACCAAUGCCCAUCAUGCACCCAAUGACCUUCCCUCCGGACAGACGUAUGUCUGUCCCAGAAAACGCCACGUCUGCCGUGGGCCCAACCAGACAUGUACGCUCCAGGUCACGCCCACCCUCUCGCCAGUUACGCGAACCUGCGCAGUCUUCUGCCACGCAGGCAGGUACCGCAGCCUCGACGGAAGAGCCUUCCACGGCUCCGCCGUCGUCCACAACUACUCUGAAACCAGCCAAGGAGCCCGGAACGACUCCUUACUCGCGCUCGCCUGAACUUCGAGUAUCUCACAAGCUCGCUGAGAGAAAGAGACGUAAAGAGAUGAAAGAAUUGUUCGACGAACUAAGAGACCAGUUGCCCGCUGACCGUGGCAUGAAAGCCAGCAAGUGGGAAAUUUUAAGCAAAGCCAUCGACUUUGUAAACAACCUCAAGCAGAGUCACCAGGAUAUGGCCCGUGAGAUUGACAUGCUAAGACAUGAACUUGACAACGUGCGACAAGGCAUGCCCUUUGGACCCAGUGGAACCCCACAUCCUAUUGUUUAUAGCCAAGGACCAGUACCGGGACCGUACCCUCCACCACCCCCCGGCACGAUGCCCCAUCCCCCGCCUCCCCACGCCCAUCCUCCACCUCAUCCACAGCCCCAAGCACGACCGUCUUCCUCGGAUAAUGGCUACCAACCUGGUGGCGGUCCACCACCUCACCAGCAACCAGCCGCUGGUGUUCCUGGCACAAACGGUACGAGUAGUAUACCUACGAGUAGGGUGGAAGGCCCUCCUACUUAG